GUAACAGUAUAGCUUCCGUCCCGCUCCUCCCCCCUACCUGGGCUCAAACCAGGGACCCUCUGCACACAUCAACAGCCACUCUCGAAGCAUCGUUAUCCAUCAAAAGCCACGGUCCUUACAUAGCAAGGGGAACAACUACUUCAAGGUCUCAGAGCAAGUGACGUCACCGACUGAAACGCUAUUAGCGCGCACCACCGCUAACUAGCUAGCCAUUUCACAUCGGGAAGAAGAUUAAAAGCCAUGUCCCCGGUGCUUAUGCUAGAUUGAGGGGAGUCAUCACUGGGGUCCCAAUAUCAAUGUCCACAGAUUGUAUUAAAGAAAAUGUGAUGGGAGGGAGAGUGAUUGAGGCCAAAAGGUUGAUCAGUAGUAAAGAGGGUUAAAGAAGUGAAAGCUUAUCAGUGAUGCAGAAGUUUGAGAAAGUCUUGCCAGGAAAAGUUUGGGAUUUAUUUGGUUUUGAAUUUUAUUUUCAUGGUAGUACAGAAUUGGGCUUAUCAUGAUUGAUCGUACAUUCCAGCCCAGUAGGUGGCGGCAUGCACUUUAAACGUUUGUUUGCAGACCGCCAUGAUAUCAUAGAAGAAGACGUAAACGUAGAUGUUAAGUGAACACGUGUGGGGAAAAGGGAUCCACGCUUGCCGAGAGCUCACACGUAAGUAGAAACGUUCUGCCUCAACUGUAAAACUUCAACAUGGCUGUCAGGGCAUCUUUCGAGAAGAACAACGAAAUAGGCUGCUUCGCCAAAUUAACUAACACAUACUGCCUAGUUGCAAUUGGCGGGUCAGAGAAUUUCUACAGUGUCUUCGAAGGCGAGUUGUCCGAAACCAUCCCAGUUGUACAUGCCUCAAUAGCAGGAUGUCGGAUAAUUGGAAGAAUGUGUGUGGGGAAUCGUCAUGGGCUCCUGGUGCCCAACAACACCACGGACCAAGAGCUGCAGCACAUUAGGAAUUGUCUCCCAGACACAGUGAAGAUCCAGAGGGUAGAGGAGAGGCUCUCAGCACUGGGGAAUGUCAUUGCCUGUAAUGACUAUGUGGCCCUGGUGCAUCCUGACUUGGACAGGGAGACAGAGGAGAUCCUGGCAGACAGUCUGAAGGUGGAGGUGUUUCGUCAGACAGUAGCAGAGCAAGUUCUAGUGGGGAGCUACUGUGCCUUCAGCAAUCAGGGGGGACUGGUACACCCAAAGACCUCCAUAGAAGACCAGGAUGAGCUCUCCUCCCUACUCCAAGUGCCUCUGGUGGCAGGAACGGUGAACCGUGGUAGCGAGGUCAUCGCUGCGGGCAUGGUGGUAAACGACUGGUGUGCCUUCACUGGGCUGGACACCACCAGCACAGAGCUGUCUGUCAUCGAGAGUGUGUUCAGACUGAGCGAGUCUCAGCCUAGCGCCAUCGCUACCACAAUGAGAGACUCUCUAAUUGACAGCCUCACAUAAGAUGCCAUUCUACCAUGAAAGGUGUGAGGCACCUCUGUGGGAAAACUGCUGCAGAAUGCAAGAAGCUGGACAUUUCUCCCAUAACACUGUCAUUUGAUAUGGUUAAAACCUUCAAUGUUUAUUGGAAUUUUGUAUGGUGUAUCAAUGCUAGACUUCAUAAUUCCUUAAAUCUACUUAUGUUCUGGCAAUAUUAAAUCAAGAUUUUACUGUAAACAGUGACAAUGUUAGUUAAUGUUCCAUAUGUGAAGUGGGAUAUGUACAUUACAAGUGUUUCUGCCAAUUGCAUUACAGUAAAGCCAUGCAUGGCAAACAGUUGAUGUGGGGAUUUUUGGAAUGUACAAUAAAUGGAUUACCCUUUAA